AUGGGUGCUGGCUUGUCUUCCGCAGCCCGAUCUGCUAGCUCUGCUGCAUCAAAGGCCGGCUCUGCCGCCUCAAAGACUGGUGGCGAGACCGGCGACUUAGCGAAGGGCGGCAGUUCAGCCAUAAAAUCAAGCGCAAAAGCAGGCGGAGACACAGCUACAACUGGGGCAAAGAAAGAAGGAAGCGAUUCCCUAGGAGAUACCGCUGGUGGUGCGACAAAGCAGGAGGGAAAGGAUGCGGCACAGCACGAGGCAGCUGGUGGAGAUUUGCCGUCAAAGCAUGAUGGUGGGAACGCGCCGCCAAUUGAUACGAAAGAUGGCUCUCCCGGCGCGUCUGCGCCGCAUGAUCUGGCAGGAGGUCCACAGGGAAAGUCCGAAGGACCAUCAGAACAUCCAGAGCAGCCAGGGGGAAUCAAAGGACAUAUCCAAGGACAUGCUCACAAGCUUGGGCAUAAUCUCAAAAACAAGGACUGGUGGAAGGACAAGGGUAAGGGGGCUGCCAAGUUUACAGCAGGGCAAGCCGCCGGAGCGGGUCUUUUCAUCGGCGGUCAACAACUUUUCGAAGCUGCUGCGGGUGGGGGUCAACGGGAAGGAGGGGAGACGGGUGGCGAAGGUGGAGGUGAAGGGAGCGGCAUGACGCCGCAGGAGCAAUACCAAGAAGAAAUGAAACAGUAUCGGGCGCAAAUGGCCGAGGCCCAGCAACGGGGGUCAGGGGAGCAGAGCACCGAACAAGAUCAGGGGACUGAUGGACAAGACCAACAAGGUAGUGAACAAGUCAUAGGGGAGGAGGGAGGAACACAGGGCGCUGGUGAGGAGGCAGGCCAGGGCAUAGGCGAAGAAGAAGCCAAUUACGAUAAAGAGAUCCAUGAAGAGGACUAUAGUGAGCCUAUGGAAGGAGGGCAAGGUGGGUAUGGCGGCGGCGACGGAUAUAGAAGUGGUGCCUACGCAGGCGGACCCUAUGGAGGUGAUGAAUAUAGACAGGUCGUCUAUGAAGGGGGUUAUGGAGGUGAGGAACAUAGGCUAGCCGACCACGAAGGAGUCUAUGAAGGUGGUGGGUACGAAGGAGGCGCAUACGGAGGGGAAGAACACAGGCAGGCCGACUACGAAAGAGGUUAUGAAGAUCCGUACGGAGAAGAACCCGGUGACCAAGGAUUGAGGGUUUACGGAGGAACAUAUGACGGCACAGGGAGUCAUGAAGAGGAGGGGGCGGACGGACACGGUCAAUAUCCACAUCAAGAUUAUGGUGAGCAAGGCUAUCAAGGAGGAGAAUACGGGCAGGGAGGGUAUGUUGGAGGCGGGCAAGGUUAUCAACGAGCCCGAGGGUACGGAGGAGAAGGGUAUGGCGGAGGAGGAUAUUACGGAGAAGGUCUCUUUGGCGGGGGAGCCCAGCCAUACGGGGGCCCCACUCCUGCGUACGGGGGAUAUGGGCAAGAAUCACUUGGUUCCGGGCAUUGGGGACAGGAAACGGACACGGGGGAUGGUAUACCAGGCAUUGGCUUUGGUCCUCAGCAAGUUUGA